AUAUAAUAUAUAUAUAACGGAGAAGUUUUAUACUAACCCACGUGACGAUUAUGAAUAUCAUUGUAAGAUUAACAGUCUUGGCUGCAGGAUGUGUAACAAUCUGUCAAUGCGACGCAUGCGUAGAUAAACUUCCGGACUGUGCUGAAUACACAAAAAGUUCGUGCACGGCUCCAUAUGUGAACUGGGCUUAUAGCAAUUGCAAAGCGUACUGUGGAUUCUGUCAUACGGAAUGUCAUAAUAAAAGAAGUGACUGUCAUGAGUAUGGAAAACAAGUGUGUCAGUUACCCUAUGUAUCAUGGGCAAAGGAAAACUGCGAGCAAUAUUGUGGAUUUUGUGGACAUGACUUGAAGUGUCUAUAUAGUCCGUGGGAAGACCUGACUCCUUGCACAGCGGUCUGCGGCCUAGGCAUGAAAGUUCAAGUUAGAACAUUUGUCAUAGUUAAACAAGGCACUCCUCUAGCCAAGGACUGCAACGAGAGCUUAAUUAAAAACACCACCUGCGCUAAACAUACUUGCACCGUUCCACCGACGGCUGUAGUGAAGGUUCCCGUCACCGAGCCGUCAGUAGUUACACUCAAAACCCAUGUUGAUACCGGAGUUCUUGAUCACCAUGGGCCUCUCAUUCCUGUUGACCCAGACACAGUAAAGGAUGUCAUCAAAGCAGGAACCACCGUCGUUGAAGAAUUGGCCAUUGGGGCACUGUUUGCCGAACUACUUCCAAUGAUUGCUUUCAUUGGUAAAAGAGAUGUAACUGAGCAAACAAGAGCUUUUGAAGACUUUGUAAAUACCGUUAUGAAGGCUCACAAUUUGAGCUGAUAUUCUUUUUGAAUGAUAUGAUAAAUGCAAUUUAACAUAAAUGACAUCGACUCUCAAUCUCUCUCUUUCUCUCUCUCUCUCUCUCUCUCUCUCUCUCUCAAAAUGAAGCAUGAUGCAACGUUGGAUAAAACCUUAUCAGCAUUUUCUUCACCUAUACACAUGCAGUUAGUAUGUUUAUUUAAAAUGAAGAGGGCCUCACUGGCAGAAUGUCUUGUACAUCGUCUGGCCUUUGCAGACUCAGUUAUCAUUGAAAAUGAUUUCAUUGUGAUAGUUUGAUCAUUCUCGAUGUAAACAGCUUCGAUAAAUUUUUCCCA